UACAGUUCACACUGUCAUUUUUACCUUUUCUACAAAAUCAUUUUUCAGGAGACAAACAUUAGCUACCAUGAACUCUUUGAACCAGCAGUAUGAGGAAAAGGUCCGUCCCUGCAUUGACCUCAUUGAUAAACUCCGCUCUCUUGGUGUAGAGAAGGACCUGGCGCUGCCUGCUAUCGCCGUGAUAGGGGACCAAAGCUCGGGAAAGAGCUCUGUGUUGGAGGCGCUGUCCGGGGUGGCACUGCCGAGAGGAGUUGGUAUUGUGACAAGAUGUCCACUAGAACUGAAGAUGACAAGAAAGAAGAAAGGAGAGGCGUGGUAUGGAAAGAUAAGCUACCGUGACUAUAAUGAAGAGCUAAAAAAGCCUUCACUUGUGGAGAAAAAGAUUCGGGAAGCACAAGAUAAACUGGUGGGGAAUGGGACUGGGAUCAGCAAUGACCUCAUCAGUCUGGAGAUUGCUUCCCCUGAUGUCCCAGAUCUGACACUCAUCGACCUGCCUGGCAUCACCAGAGUGGCUGUCAGUGGACAAUCAGAGGACAUUGGUGAACAGAUAAAACGACUGAUCCAGAAUAACAUCAGAAAACAAGAAACCAUCAGCUUGGUGGUUGUUCCAUGCAACGUGGAUAUUGCAACCACAGAGGCUUUGAGGAUGGCACAGCAGGUGGAUCCUGAAGGAGAGAGGACUUUGGGUAUCUUGACUAAACCUGACCUGGUGGACAAAGGCACAGAAGAGAACGUGGUUAAAAUUGUCCAUAAUGAAGUCAUCCCGCUGAAGAAGGGCUACAUGGUGGUCAAAUGCAGGGGUCAGAAGGAGAUCACAGAGAAGGUUUCACUUUCUGAAGCACUAAAAAAUGAGGAAGCCUUCUUCGAAGAGCAUGCCCAUUUCCAGACUCUCUUUGAUGAGGGUCAGGCCACUGUUCCUAAACUGGCAGAAAAACUCACUCUUGAACUGGUGCAUCAUAUUCAGAAAUCUCUGCCACGGCUUGAUGAGCAGAUACAAAAGAAACUUAAACAAACUCGAGCAAACCUGGACAAAUUAAGCAAUGGACCCCCAUCUGAUGCAAUUGAGAGACUUGGUUUCCUCAUUGAUAGAGUGUCAGCAUUCACACAGGAUGCUAUCAGUCUCACCAAAGGUGAAGAAUUAAAAUGUGGAUACAAGUCCAGCAUCUUUUCCUUACUGAGAGGUCAGUUUGCAGUAUGGAGGGAAGCCAUAGAGACCUCUGGAACAAAUUUCAACUGGAAUAUUCAGAGAGAGGUUUCUCAAUAUGAACGAAAGUACCGUGGAAGAGAGCUCCCAGGGUUUAUCAACUACAAGACGUUUGAGGCCAUGAUCCAGGAGCAGAUCAAACAGCUGGAGGAGCCUGCUGUCCAGAAACUCAAAGAUGUGUCAGAGCUUGUGAAGAAGGAGCUCUUUGAGUUGGCACAGAGCAGCCUGGUUGGCUUUCCUAACCUCAUCAGAACAGCAAUGCUGAAGAUUGAAGACAUCAGAACUAAACGGGAAGCUGAAGCAGAGGCCAUACUGAGGAUCAGGGGCGGAGCGAUGCAGUUUCAGAUGGAGCUGAUCGUUUACACUCAGGACACAACAUACAGCCAGAUGUUAGCAAAGAGGAAGAGGGAAGACAAAGAGGAGGCUGUAAAUUCCCUGGUGAACAAUAAUAGCAGUGGGGCCACCCUGAAAGAGAUGCUGAAACACCUUAAAUCCUAUUACCAAAUUGCUGGUCAGCGUCUUGCUGACCAGAUCCCCCUGGUGAUCCGCUAUCAGAUGCUGCAGCAGUUUGCCAACCAGCUGCAGAGGGAGAUGCUGCAGAUGCUUCAGGAUAAGGAGAGAAAAGAGUCCCUGCUUCAAGAGGACAUUGGCACAAAAAUUCAAAGGGAACAACUUCAGAACGGCCUUAAACGCCUCUCAAACGGCCGCCUUUUGUUGACUGAGUUUAGUAUGAACACAUUCAACUUCAGCUCAGCACAAGGGCAAAGCUUAAAACCAGAUUUCUAACCUGACAAACAAAAUGAUGGACGUCACUUCAUAGAAUCAUAGAAAUAUUUCCCCAGCAUUCGCUUUGCAAUACAUUUUGAGUGCCUUUAUUAUA